AUGUCAGAGCUCAGCUCCCAGUCGUUUUAUUUAGAACCUUCACGACUAAACCAAACAGCUCCUCUUCCUAUAAGUGAAAUAUACAAAACUAUUAAAGGCUCUAACGAUGAUUGAGGUGUUGAAGGUUAUCAAGUUCCUAAAAAAUGUGCAGUUUAUAUUACAAAAGAAAUAAAAGUCCCCAAUGCUAAAAAGCGAGACAUGUUCUAUGAUAUUAGCAAAAAAGAAAAGGAGCCAUCUCCUAUUACAUAUGCUCCAAGUAAUGAGCAAGUACUCAAACGCUACUGGGAUAAAGCAACAGGAAGAUUUAGGAAAGCUCAAAGGAAAACUGUUAUUGAUGAAGUCAUGAAGCUAAGCCCAAGAGUCCCAGGACCUGGAACUUAUCAUGUAACUGAAAGAGGACAGUCAGAAAAACCGAAAUACAAGAUCCCACUCGGCAUUAUGGAGUAAAAAUUAUACAGCAAAGCGCAAGGGUUGUCUUUCUUAAGCAGCACUGAAUUUUAUGCUGAAGAAUCACCUGGAAGUGGAAGGUAUUUUGAGAAAGAAGAAGAUAGAGAAAAAGCUGUAAAAAUUAUUUAGUAUACCAAAAGAGAAAGAAAAUCUCCUGUGUUUAAGUAUUAUGCUGGAAAACCCGAGAAAAAGAUGGAAAAGCAAGAGGUUGGACCUGGAUAUUUAAAAAAUUUAGAAAAUUCUGUAAAAAGAUCGUCAACUAUGAGAAGAUCUCCAAAUGCACUAUUUCCCAAGUCAAACCCACCAAAUGCUAUCCAUCGCAGAGCAGCCACGACUAAGUUCGUGCCUGGGGUAGGGGCUUAUAAAGAUGUAGAAAAAGCAUAUACAGGCCAUAUCGUUAAGAGAAAAGAAAGAAUUCCUUUCAUCUCUCCCUAUAAAUUCACAAGAUUUAGCGACGCAGAAGCUAAAAAUCAUAAUUGGGUUCCUGGUCCUGGAUCUUAUGAAAUCAUGCCUCCAAUGAGGAAAAAAUAA